GAGAAUGAAAAUUUGCCCAGGGUGAGUGCAAGUCAGAGAGUCUCUGAGAAUUGAGAGAGCCAACGAUGAAGCUUCUCGAACCUCUUCUUCUUCUGCUGCUGCUGCUGCUUCCGCUUAUAUCCCUCCACUUCCGCCUCGCCGUCGCCGAAGUCUUCUUCGAAGAGCGAUUCGAAGAAGGAUGGAAGAGCCGGUGGGUUUUGUCAGACUGGAAGAGGGCCGAAGGGAAAGCGGGGACGUUUAAGCACACUGCAGGGAAAUGGUCUGGAGAUCCUGAUGAUAAAGGCAUUCAGACAUAUAAUGAUGCCAAGCAUUAUGCCAUAUCUGCAAAAAUUCCUGAGUUCAGCAACAAAAACAAAACUCUAGUGAUCCAGUAUUCGAUUAAAUUUGAGCAAGACAUUGAAUGUGGUGGUGGCUACAUCAAGCUUCUAUCUGGCUAUGUGAAUCAGAAGAAGUUCGGCGGUGAUACCCCAUACAGUUUCAUGUUUGGACCAGAUCUAUGUGGCUCACAGACCAAAAAACUCCAUCUUAUACUUUCUUACCAGGGGCAGAAUUAUCCCAUAAAAAAGGAUCUUCAAUGUGAAACAGACAAGUUAACUCAUUUCUAUACAUUUAUUCUUAGACCUGAUGCAACUUACAGUGUCCUUGUUGAUAAUCGAGAAAGAGAUUCUGGAAGCAUGUAUACUGAUUGGGAUAUACUUCCUCCACGGAAAAUCAAGGAUGUCAAUGCAAGAAAGCCAUCAGACUGGGAUGACAGAGAUUACAUUGAGGACGUCAAAGCUGCCAAACCAGAGGGAUAUGAUUCAGUUCCAUCAGAAAUUCCUGAUCCAAAGGCCAAAGAGCCAGAGGACUGGGAUGAGGAAGAGAACGGGUUAUGGAGACCACCAAAGAUCCCAAAUCCAGCUUACAAGGGGCCAUGGAAGCGUAAGAAAAUCAAGAACCCCAACUAUAAGGGGAAGUGGAAGACUCCGUGGAUUGAUAACCCAGAGUUUGAGGAUGAUCCUGACCUUUAUGUGCUGAAGCCAAUAAAAUAUGUGGGCAUUGAAGUUUGGCAGGUAAAAGCUGGUUCAGUUUUCGACAACAUUUUGAUUUGUGAUGAUCCACAGUAUGCAAAACAAGUGGUAGAAGAGAUAUUUUCCAAUAGAGAGGCUGAAAAAGAAGCUUUUGAGGAAGCAGAGAAGGAGAGAAGAGCACGAGAAGAAGAGGAUGCUAGAAGAGCAAGAGAGGAAGGUGAAAGGAAGAAGAGGGAGAGGGAUCGUAAGUAUGGAGAUAGGAGGCGCCGUAGAAAGCAUGAUCCACGUGAUUAUUUGGAUGAUUACCAUGAUGAACUAUGACACGUCAAACUGAUGUUUCAAUCCAUAUUACACCGCAGCAAAAGCAUUCCCCAUUAUUAAUCGAGAGGCGUGUUUACUGUCCAAGUUAAGGACGUGCUAUGGAUGUUAUUCAAGCAUUGUUAGACCAUGGGAUGAGAACUGUAGCUUUAUGUAGUUCUUAGGGACCAAAACAAUCUCUCAUGGUGAAUACAAGGAAGUUACGAUUUUUGUAUUCUAUGGCACAAUUUCAUCAGACUUGAAUCGAACUUGGUUUUUGUCACCAGAAUGCAUUCACUUUUUGUUUUGCUUUCUACAUCAUCUGCGAUCUUAAUUUCUUGCUUUUUGUUUAUGAAGGGGAAUGGUUAAUUUGUUUCUUGGCACCAUGAAUGCAUGAAUGAUCAGAACCCUCUAAAGAUAC